CUCCUGAACCUCAGCUGCAGUUAUCAGCAACGCCUGAAGCUUGAUAUACCCAUCCGUAUAUGAAAAAAAUGUUUUAUCAAAAUUUUCUGCAUGAUUUUAUGUCGGUAAAUAACGUAAAUAACAGCUAUUUGCUCAAAUGUUUUUUUAAUUCUAAAAUUGGUAUAGCGAAGAAUUUUAGAUUUUACCGUCUUGCAAUGAAUUUCUCUAAAAAUUUGUAACAAGGGAUCUAAAAUAUGCUAAAUUUUCAUAAUUAUUGUGUAUAUAAAAUAUAUGUUUGGGAGAGUUGAAAUCGUUCAGGUUUAAUGCAAAUUUUUGAUACAACAGAGUGUAGAGUCUAGUUAGUACCUCUCAAUAAUCGGAGCCAGUCCUGCCAGAAAUGAUGAGUUAUUAUAAUUUAAUGUCCACCUUUUUCAGCAGCAAGUGAGUGCUCGAGGUGGGUCUAGAAAUCUCUAUGAAAUCACCAAGGAAUCACUGUAAAAAUGAAAAUACUUACCUUUUUGGUUGGUUGUACCACUAUGUUAUAUAUGGCCAUUGAGACUCACAUCUAAAACUUUCUCGGAUAAAACCUAGCAUUACAUCGAUCUUCACUCAAAAUAAAUAAAAGCGUGCGAUCACAAAUCUGGUAUGAGUUGCACCUGUACAGGUUCUUUUCACCGUCCACCGCAAGAACUGACGCACACAUAUCCCGUCAUUUAGUCCUGUGAUUAUGGCUUUUUUCGAUGUUGGAACAAUUUGCAUAAUCUUAUUUAAGACGGACCUUCGUGCCAUGCGUUCAAAAUUUCUCUUAACCAUAUAUGUUUCACUGUUUCAUGCUAAUGUUUUUAAAAAGUCGAGCCAGUCCCCGCACGGACUCCAUGAGGCCCAUGGCCUUCCCCAGGGAAUGCAUAGGAGCCAUAAUUCGAAUUGUGCAUUAUUUUAUUUGAAUGGCAAUCUUCGAAUCUUUUUUAAAAUAUUGUA